AUGGCCGAGGGCCCGUUCUUUAUGGCGGACACACCCUUUCAUCCGGACCACCUGAGGAUGUGGGAAAAAGCUGUGUAUGUGGACGAGAACCGGCGCACCUGGCUGCCCAUAACCCUCAAGAUAGAAAAUAGCCUCCAAGUCCUCUUUCGUCAGCAAGACGUGCCCCUGGGGGAGCCUGUGUCCCCCAGCCAGCUGGGCCCGCACCUGCUGCCUGUCAUGUGGCAGCUCUACCCCGGGCUGAGGUACCGAGCCUCAGACUCCAGUUUCUGGCGCAUAGUGUACCAUGUCGAGGUCUCUGGCACCGAAGAAAUGCUCCUGGAGCAGCUGCCAGACCCAGUGAACCCGUGA